AUGGCUUCCACCUCAAACAUCUCCUGCCUACAGAUAUCCAUGGCCGCAGCCUCGACAACUCCCUACAUGAUCCUCCACAGCGCCACCAUGAUUCUGGCUAUAUUCGUCAACAUUAUCGUUAUGAUCACAGUAUGCUCCAGUAACCGUCUAAGGACCACAACUCAUGUGUUGAUCGUCUCCUCCGCGGUCAGCGAUCUGGCCUUUUCAACCCAGGGCCUUGUUCUUAUAGCAGUCGUGGCCUACAGAGAACACAACCGACCAUGUGAGGAUAUUCUGCAGAACAGUUUUAAAUUUCUUCGCAACCAGAGCAUUUCUGCAUCAUAUCUUAAUAUUUUUCUGGUUUCUAUCGAGCGAUGGCUGUUUAUAGCACGGCCAUUCAUACACGAAAGAAUUAUCUCCCGUAAACUAAUCAUGUGGAGUCUUAUUUCAGUUUGGGGUUGUUCACUUAUUUUAAGCUUCGAUGCAUUUAUUUCCCCAUCUUUACAAUCUCGCUUUGAACAUACAAAAUUGACCAUUGUUUAUCCGUGUGGUCACUGGGCGCUAGCCAUAGUUAUCUGCACUGUGUAUACCCAUGUAUCUAUAAUUUCUCGACGUCAGACUCGUCUCAUUAACAUUAAUAAUCCUAUUAGCCAGUACCACACGAGAAUGGCUGAGAAUCAACAAGUUAAAAUUACAUCAUUAAAAGCUGGCUUCAAAAGUCUGCGACUUUUAUUUGCCGUUUUUGGGGCAUUUUUUCUCUUACUGACUCCAGGCCAUUGUUUCAACCUUUAUACAAUGAUUUUCACUGGAUAUCCAAAUAAGGAUUUCUAUAAUAUAACAAAGGAAUGUGUUUUUGUCCACUGCUGUUGUAAUUUCUUCGUUAUAUACAGAUACGAUGCUAGGUUUCGACGCGUGUUGAUUACGUUAACAAAGAAGAUAGGGAUCCUUCGUUGCUGUAAAACUCAGGUGGGGAACACUUAA